AUGGGAACAGUAUCAGACAUGGGCGGCUUGGCAUUUGCAGGACUGAUCUUCUUAUCCUUGCUGGCAACUGACAUCCAGGGCCAGGAAUUUGGUGAUGCUCAGCUUGUUUACGAGUGGACAUCCCUGGAGUUUGACUGGCCCUCUGAGAAACACAGGAAUGAAUCUCUAGGUAACGGGACAUACGUUCCCAACAGAAAUAUGGUGGCGGGGAUAAAGGUUUAUAAAGAUUCCGUCUUUGUGACAAUUCCCCGGUGGUUUUGGACUUCUGGUCACCCUGUCACACUGGCCAAAGUGGUCACUGUCAGAGGCGAAGAGAAACUGAGUGCUUACCCAACAUGGGCUGCCCAGAUACAAGGGGAUUGUAAUGCCCUGCAGUACGUUCAAGGCAUGGAGAUUGAUCCUAAUACAGGCUUAAUGUAUGUCAUUGAUACUGGUCGAGUAGGGGAUAAACUGAAUCUUUGCCCAGCCAAACUUGUAGUCUUUGAUCUCAAUACAAAUUCACAGCACAAAAAGUAUGAACUGCCUACAAUUGUGGCGAGUUACACGAGUAACUUCAUGAAUGACAUUGUGUUGGAUUAUGUUGGUGGCAAGGCGCGAUUCGCCUACAUUAGUGAUGCCAAUGAUGCUCACUUGAUUGUUGUUGACUUGACAACAGGCAAAUCAUGGAAAAUACAGCAUGAAUCAAUGGGAAUAGAAAGUAAACAUGCAGAAAUGGUUACUAUCAAUAACAUAACGUAUACUAUUUCGGUAGCCUUGGAUGGUCUCGCCAUGUCUCCAGAUUUUAAAUAUCUCUAUUACUGUUCUCUUGCAGGGUUCAAUUUAUAUCAGAUUCCCACAUCUAGUCUCCGGACAGGCAAGACUGAUGGAAUUCGUUUGAUUGGAUCUAAAGUGUCCCAGAGUGGGGGAAUUGGCUACGGAAGCAAAUUCCUAUAUUAUGGGGCUCUAGGUUUGAACGCAGUGUACUACUGGGAUUCAGAUAAAGAUAUGGCUGAUCAAAAUGUUGGAAUGGACAAAGUAACUUUAGCAACAGAAAAACUUCUUGUACGGAAUGAUAGUACAAUGCAAUGGCCCGACACAUUUGGUUUCGACACGCGCGGUUGGAUCUGGUUUGUCUCUAACCGCUUGCAAGUGUUCAGGGAGGCUAAGGGACUUCCACAAGAUGGCAAUGAUGCGUACAUGAGGGUGUGGAAAGUGUACGUCAAUGAAACAGGAUAUUUGUAUCAAUCUGCUAGACGAACAGAAGGAACUAGUCUAGAGCAGGAAGGAAAUGGUUCAGAAUCGUGUUUUUCAUAUACAUUGAAAACAUUUUUUUUCCAUCUUUUUGCAAUGUUCAUUGGUGCUGUUUUAGUUAUUCCAGAAAUGACACACAGCUAG